AUGGGAGAACAAGCUGAAGUGAGAGCCGCAAUUUGUAGUCAUGUUUAUCGAUCCAAAUCCGCUAUUACUUCAUGUCUUCGACAAGCUAUCGAUACUGUCAAACGAUCCAGCCUCGUUGCAUCUUCUGACCAAAGUGUCCAGGAUGCCUACAACUUGUAUGUGGAGAAGAUAUUGAACGUUGCGGUUGAACCUGAGAAGAUAUGGGAUGAUAAUCAUACUGUUGAUCAAUUGUUAGCAAGUGAAGGAUCAGAAUACCUCAACUCGCUUCUCAAUUUACAAAGCUCAAGGUCAAGAAAUUCAAGCAACAAAGCCGUUUGUCCCAUCCCUGAAGCCAGCGAGGGCGAAGAUUCGGCUAUCUCUACUUGGAUUGAUGGGAUUAAAGUGUUGAGCAAAGAUGUGAAGUCCGAUACGUGGCCGACGACUAAGACCAGACCUAGUCAGAUGUAA